AUGUUAGUCGAUAUUAAAUUAAAUGACAGAAUAGUUGAACAUAAAAUGCUAAGAAUUAAGUAUAACCUAGAAGAAGGGUUCUUCAGAUUAAGAAGUCUUAUUGUUAAAAAACUUCGAUGGACGGAUCCGGAGCUAAUAAAGGAAUUUUGCAUUGGCUAUUUUGAUGUGUAUCUUGAUCUUAUUUCUAUUAGAGAUGGUGAAGAUCUUUUCCAGUGUAAUGAUCAUAGGUUGAACUAUCAUAUGGUAAAGUACAUUAGAUUGUUCGUAUAUAGAAAAGGUGAUACUUCUAAGGUGAUUGAGGAACAUAGGAUAGAACACACUGAAAGAAAACGAGCACUUGCAGAAGUAAAGCAAGCGAGAACUCCACGCGGAAAGAAUUAA